AAUCGUCUGUGCGGGCGCGUCGAACUCGUUAGCCGCUGGCUCGUGUGUGUGUGUGUGUGUGUGUGUGUUUGUGCGUUUGUGUGUUUACACGGUCGUCGCUUAUAAACAGAACGACGUUUUGUGAGGAAAAAAAAAUUAAUUUAAAAAAAAAGAAACCCCCCCAAGACUCCUAUUUUUUAGGUGUAGUGAAGUGCAUCGGUGUUGUAUUUUUUUUUUCGGCCCGGUCAUGUGUCGACGGAUACUCGUGGACUAGACGUAGCAGCACCUAGAGCGGUUAUGUGAUCCCUAGGAUUUUCGGCCAAAGCAACAGUUUGAAAAAAAAAAACCGUCGGCCAUGGACAGCGUGAGGGCUUUGGAAGUGAUGGGGCUCCUCCAGGAAAAGAUAGCCUUCCUGACGGGAGGCCGGGACAAGCGAGGCGCUCCCAUAGUGACCUUCCCUUCGACGCCUAGGAGAGAACGGGCGAAACAGGAAGACUACAGACGGUUGUUGCAGUACUUCGGUUCCAUACCGCCGUGUGAAGUCAAAGAAUCAGGACUGGUGGCUGUGAUUGACAUGCGAGGCGGAUCAGGUUGGUCGUCCGUUAAGCCAAUCUUGAAAGCCCUCCAAGAUUGGUGUGCCGGAGGCAACGGCAAUCACGUGUAUGCUGUGUACGUCGUCAAGCCUGACAAUUUUUGGCACAAACAGCGCACCAGCAUGGCUAGUCAUAAAUACAAAUUCGAAACAACGAUGUUAAAUUUAGAAGGCUUGUCCAAGUUUAUAGACUCGACGCAACUGACGUCAGACCUCGACGGAUCUCUGUAUUAUGAUCACGCCCAGUGGAUCGAUAUUCGACUGAGUAUCGAAGAAUUCAUGUGGCAAGCGGCCGACUUGUUGGAUCGUUUGGAUGACCUGCAAGAAGACCUAAGCCGCAAUGACUGUAGGGACGACAUCGCCGGUGCCAAACUAGCUCUAGACUUUCAUACCGACAUGAAAAAGAAAGUACUCAAGACUCCCGUCGAAGACAUGGACUUGGCCGGUCAACAGCUUUUACAGAGGUUGUCCGGCGAUAACAAUAGUGGUUAUGAUUCGGGUUACUCUGGACGGGAUAGCGAAGCCAGCAACGGUGUCAGUAACCCGGAUUUGCAGGCGUCUGUGCCUCAAAUACUCCAACAAUUGGACACCAUCAGGACAACGCACAAACACGUCUUGCAAUUGUGGCAAAUUAAAAAACUCAAAUUGGACCAGUGUUUUCAACUGAGACUGUUUGAACAAGACUGCGAAAAGAUGUUCGAUUGGAUUUGCCAUAAUCGAGAUGUGUUCCUAAUGAGCUACGUCGAAAUUGGACAUUCGUAUCAACUGGCCAAAGACAUACAAGAAGAACACAACCAUUUUACAAUGAGUUCGAUGAAUGUCUACGUCAAUAUCAACCGCAUUGUAGCCGUUGCACAACGCAUGAUCGAAUCGGGUCAUUACGCGUCCAAUCACAUAAGAACCGUAGCUCAGCGACUGGACAGAACGUGGAAGCAGUUUGCCGCGGGUUUGGACGAAAGAACGUCCGUGUUAGCGUUGUCGGUGCUAUUCCACCACAAAGCACAGCAGUACGUUGAAAACGUGCCUGGCUGGGGCGAAGCCAUAGAGAAAGUUACCAUACCCAACGAAAUACUAGUGUUGGAAAAUUCCAUUCACCAACAUCAAAAUCUCUACGAACUCAUGUGCCAAGCUUAUACCGAGGUGUAUAACGCGUAUCAAAGCCUAUUGAACGGCCUGGAUACCUUAGUACAAGUCUGCGAGUGUUAUCCGACUCCUCCGAGCAAUGUGCCAUUUAUACAUUACAGCGAUUGUUUACCGAAAAAUUCGGAGAGUGGGUCGGAUUCUUCGACAAAUACAAACAAAUUGCCAAAUCGGCAACAAGCCGCCGCCGAUUAUUCGGAAGGCGCUAGCCAUGUGUUAGCCGUCAUACAUCAAAUCCUAAACCAUCAUCGCAGCUUAGAACACUGUUGGCACUCCAAGAAAAUCAGACUUCAUCAAAAAUUAGCGUUGCGAUUAUUCCAAGAAGACGUCAAACAAGUGCUCGACUGGUUGUCCAAUCACGGUGAAGUGUUUUUGAGAAAAAACACCGGAAUCGGACGAACGCUACAAAAAGCACGCGUGUAUCAGAAAAGUCAUGAACAUUUCGAAAACGUCGCUCAGAACACCUAUACGAAUGCGGAAAAGCUACUAACGGCCGCCGAAGAAUUAUCUCAGACCGGCGAAUGCGACGCUUCAGACAUUUGUUCGGUAGCUGCUGAACUCGAAAGUCAUGUGGCCGCCUUUGCGGCUCGUGUCCAAGCCAGACGUCGGCGUUUGCAAAGGGCUGUGAAUUUCUAUACUCAUCAAUCCGAGCUCCAAGGUUGGCUCGAUGAGCUUAGAGCUGAAACAGAUGGGUGUGACGAGGCGGCCGAUACUCUGGAAGGUACCGAACGAGCUCUGGAACAAGUCAGUCAUCAGCGGGACUCCUGCCUGGACGCUUGUCAUUCCACAAUAACCGAAGGGGAGGCGCUGUUACAAGAGCUCAGGAGUGGAGGUCUGACAGCAGAAAUGGACCCCACGGGUUCGGUAGCCGCAGUGGACGCUGCACUUGAAAGGUUGAACAAGCAGCGUUUGGAGUUGGAACAGCUGUGGGCUACUAGAAAAUUAAAAUUAGAUUUAUGCCUGAGACUGAGAAUUUUCGAACGGGACGCACUUGAGGUGUCGUCGCAAUUGGAACUUUGGGCCAACGAGUUGGAACGGAACCAGAACGAGGUGAUCUCUACGCUGUCCGAAGCCGAGUCCCGGUUGUGCCGACACAAUGAGUCCGUUACGCAGAUGCAAGCCGCCGUUUACCAAGCGCUGGAGCAAGGCGAACAAUUGGCUCAAGUAUUGGACAAGUCCGGUGUUGGUGUGAUGGCCGAUAGUCAGUAUACGGCCCAGACCAGAGUGCAAGUAUUGCUGGAAUUCUUGCACGAGCGCCAUAUGGACUUGAUGGAGUUGUCCGAAAUCAAGCGUACCCGUUUGGAUCAGAUCGUUCAGCUCUGUCAGUUCAACAACGACGCUUCUCAAGUAAUAAGUUGGAUCAGGAACGGUGAAUCCAUGUUGUCGGCCAACUUUACCAUUCCUACAUGUUUGGCGGACGCUGAGCUUCUGAAAAAAGAACACGAGCAAUUCCAAGUCGCCAUCGAAAAAACCCAUUCGGCUGCCGUUCAAGUUAAACAGCUAGCCGAAAAUCUGGUUGCGUCCAAUCAUUUUGAUUCCUCCACUGUGAAAGAAAUGGCCAUCGAGGUGACUAAACGAUGGCAACAGUUGGUCACUUGCGCCGAAGAACGCCACAAAUUGGUCACGGCCAGUCUAAACUUUUACAAAACGGCCGAACAGGUGUGUUCCGUGAUGGAUAGUCUCGACAGAGAGUAUCGUCGCGAAGAAGACUGGUGUGGCGGCGGUACUAUCGAGGCCGAAAAGCUCGGACAGCUGUGUACGAAACACCAGGAACAAAAAGAAGCUUUCCUCAAGGCGUGCACGUUGGCGCGUCGGACGGCCGAGACGUUUUUAAAGUACACCAAUCGGAGUCUACAGUACUACAGUUGCGCCAACCAGUCAAUGGCCGCAAUGGAUACAGUGUCGGAGGCGCGAGUUAAGAACAUUCUGGAAAAACUGUCGGGCCAAGAAAACAAAGUGCUCGAUCAUUGGUCGCAGAGGAAAAAGCGUCUCGACCAAUGUCAACAGUUUGUGCUGUUUGAUAAAUCGGCCAAACAAGCCAUGGAGUGGAUACACAGUGCCGGCGAACAGUACUUGAACACUCAUACCACUGUCGGCGUAACACAGGACGAAACGCGACAAUUGUUGCGCGAACACAAUGAGUUCAAGACAUCGGCCAAAGAAACCCGCGAAAAAGUCAAGCUGCUUAUACAAUUAGCCGAUAGUCUUGUCGAGAAAGGACACGCCCACGCUAAUGCUAUAAAGCAAUGGGUGGCCGCCGUCGACAACACUUACAAACAUUUUAGUUCCAGAAUGGAUAAAUAUAGACUGGAAUUGGAAAAGAGUUUGGGCAUACAAGAGCACGCCGACAUGCGUGACUUGUCCAUCGACCGCAAUUCUGAUCCGAAUUUGGAACAAAAAAUGAAAGAAUGUACGACCAAAGAUCUAAAAGAACUGAACGAAGAGAAGAGACGAUCUGCCAGACGAAAGGAAUUUAUCAUGGCCGAACUCCUUCAAACCGAACGGACUUACGUGAAAGACUUGGACGUUUGUAUAAAAGCAUACUUGGACGAAAUCAGAGCGCUGCAAAAUGUUCCAAUCGGCUUACACGGACGGGUCGACGUGUUGUUCGGUAACAUCGAGGACAUACGUAAUUUCCACAGAGACGUUUUCCUCAAAGAGUUGGAGAAGUACGAAACCAUGCCCGAAGAUGUGGGCCAUUGUUUCGUGACUUGGGCACAGAAAUUUGAUAUGUACGUGAAAUACUGCAAGAACAAACCGGAAUCCAACGCCAUACUAGUGCAACACUCGGGUUCGUGCGGCGGCGUAUUCGAAGAACUGCAAAAGAAACAUAACAUCGACCAUCCGAUAGCGGCCUACUUAAUUAAACCGGUGCAACGGAUCACCAAGUACCAGCUGUUGUUGAAAGACCUCCAGUCGUGUUGCAAAGAAGGCCAGGGCGAAAUCAAGGACGGCUUGGACGUGAUGUUGAGCGUGCCGAGGAAGGCCAACGACGCGCUACACUUGUCCCUGUUGGAAGGGUGCGACGUCUCGACCGACGAGCUGGGCGACGUAGUCGUCCAGGACACCCUGUAUGUGUCCGACUCGAGGCAUCAUCUGUUGCGCAAGAGCCGCGAACGUCACUGUUUCCUAUUCGAGUUGUAUUUGGUAUUUGCCAAACACGUCAAAGACAACUCGAACAAUCCAAAAGUGAAAUACUUGUACAAAAACAAAUUGAUGACUUCCGAACUCGGCGUCACCGAGCACAUAGAAGGCGACGAGUGUAAAUUCGCCGUGUGGACGGGUCGAGCGCCGAUAUCUGACUACCGCAUCGUCUUGAAAGCUUCUACCUUGGAAGCCAAACAGACGUGGGUGAAAAAACUCAGGGAAGUCAUCCAAGAGACGUACUUCAAUUCAGCACUGCGUAUGUGCAUGCCCAAGAGUCCGGCCAAACUCAAGCCCGAAAGUCAACGAUGCAGCCGAGAUUUGGAAGAAGAGAACUUGGACCGCGGUUCGUUGGCCUCGUUUGGAUCGGGAAACACGACGGAUUCGGACAAAAACUCUGGCGUGGAAAUGACAUGGGUGAUAGCGGAUCAUUCCGCGACAGCUGCCGGUCAGGUGUCUGUGGCCAAAGGCCAACAGGUGGAGGUGCUCGACGGCGGCAUCAACGACAUGGUAAUGGUGCGGUUGCCGGCGGAUUGCACCGAAGGACUCGUACCCCAGCACGUGCUCAAGCAACCGCCUUCACUGAAGUCACCGCAGGGCAGCGAAACGACCGGAGAAUGCGAAAACGCCAUUUGCAACAACUCGCCGGUGACGAAGAGGAGAGUUUUCAGCGGGAGAAUGUGGAUACCGACUCCUCUGAGAAAGUUCAGCACCGGCAGCAAAGUGGACAAGAACCACGUGCAAUCGUCGUCGUCGGCCAAGAAGAAUUCGGAUAAGAAAUUCAAAUCGCCGGUAAGCGAAGUGACGAAAUCCGUUCCGGUCGAAGAUGAACAAAACGGCGACGAACCCGACGACGAACUGGAAUUACCUCCUCCAAUGAAGCCCAGUCGAAUUUCCGAAUCUAUCCUGGUGAACGCCGACACGGCCAACGUGGCCUCGCAGAGGACUUCGGCUCUUUCGGCAGAGGUGAACACCUCUUCCACGGCCGACCUGGCCGAAAUCGAACAGAUCGUCAAAGAGAGAAUGGAACAACACAACGACAAGACGGUCGAGUCGAGGCUGAAGAACGACAACGAAUGCGAAGAGGCGCUACACAAACGAGAGUACGUGAUGCGUGAGCUGGUGGACACCGAGAGGGACUACGUGCGCGACUUGUCUCUGGUGGUGGAAGGAUACAUGACUGUGAUGCGGGACCCAGCGGCCGCCGGCUGCGACAUACCCGUGCCCGAAGACCUGAGGUCCGGCAAAGACAAAAUGAUCUUCGGCAACAUAGAACUAAUAUACGAAUGGCACAAAGACGUGUUCCUGGCGGCCGUCGAAAAGUGUCUAACGCAACCCCACGAACUGGGCAAACUGUUCAAAAAGUACGAACGUAAGCUGUUGAUGUACGUCGUCUACUGCCAGAACAAACCAGUAUCCGAAUACCUCGUGUCGGAGUACGACUACUACUUUGAGGAAAUGCGACAGUUCCUGGGUCAUAAACUGCAACUCUGCGACAUCCUAAUAAAACCCGUACAGAGGAUUAUGAAGUAUCAGCUGUUGUUGAGGGACAUGUACAAGUACACGGAACGAGCGAGACUCGCCGAAGAGAUGGAAGCUCUGCAAAUGGCCAUGCAAGUCAUGAAGGUCGUACCCAAAGCGGCCAACGACAUGAUGGACGUGGGCAGACUACAGGGAUUCGACGGUAAAAUAACGGCCCAGGGCAAACUACUGCUGCACGGUCUGCUGAUGUGCGCCGAAGGUCCCAGCCCGAACAACAGCCGGUCGGCGGCUAAAGAAUUGCACGUGUUCCUGUUCGAACAGAGCAUUAUUUUCAGCGAGGAAGUAGGCAAGAAGACGCAGUUCACCAAUCCCGUGUACGUCUACAAGGCGCACAUUCAAGUGAAUAAAAUGAAUCUGGAAGAACGGCACGGAUCGUCGAGCAGCAAUUCGUCGGACGAAUCUUCCGAGGGCGCGUUUGUCAUCAAGUCGACCGAUCCCAGGAAACCGCCGCUGUGGUACGUCUGCCACGCGCACAACCCCGAGUCGCGGUCCGAGUGGCUGCAGAACCUGCGACAGAUACUGCAGACGCAACGCGACUUCCUCAAAGCCAUACAGUCGCCGAUCGCCUACCAAAAAGAACUGACCAAGGAGACCAGCUAGUGUAGAGUAUUCCGUUAAGUUAGAAGAACGCGUUAAUAUAAGAAUUUUUCUUAAGUCUGACACUUUGCUGACGAGCCAGUUUGAUAAUUAUUAAUUAAUAAUAUUAUGUAUCGCAAACGACAUUCCUAUUAUACAUAAUCGUGUUUAGAUUUAUAUCAAAUUUGUGUAGAAUUAAAAAAAAAAAAAAAAACGCCCCCGUUUUCCCUGUUUACGACAACUAUAUCGCAGCCAACGCUAAACGAGAAGAGAAUCAUUUCAAAACGAGGGCUUUUUCCAUAAUUUAUGUAUUUUUUUUUUAAUUGGAACGAAGUUCCUUAUUUAUUAUUUUUUCGAGCUAAAUGUCCGUUUUAAAUUUCUCUGGAUAGUUAACAACGAUUGCGUCGACGAGGCGUAAGAAUCCAAACAUAAAAUAAACUAACAAUUUAAUUUUUUUUUUUGUUGUUUAAGCGUCUAGUCAAAUUUUUAUUUAGACUAAUUUAUAUUUUAUAACUUUUUUUUUUUUAUUAUUACUUAUUAUUAUUUAAUUAAAACCCUGUGCAGUUUCGUAAUUAUUAAUAUUUUAUGUAAAGGAGAGAAAAUGAUAUAUAUAUAUAUAUAAAUAUAAAAUAUAUAUUUAUGAUAUUGUAUUGUAUAUUGAAAAAAAAGUAAACUAUAGAUCGUACUCUGUACAAAAAACGUAUACAUUUGUCGAAAUAUCUAUGUUUUUUUUUUUUUUUUUACUAGAUGAAAACAUAUAAUAAUUAAUAUUAGCUUGUUCGACGGUCGAUUGUUUACGAUGCGAUGCCUUUAAAUAGUUUUGGCCGACAAAAUACAAUACGAGUGAUUGAAGUUCGGCAAUCGUAGUGUCCGAUGCACGAACUCUACAUAAACUAAGGUUGUGUAUUUCAUUUGCGCGUAAACCGUGUUUUAUUUGAAUUAUUAUUAUUAUUAUUGAAAAUUAUAUACAUUUAUUUAUUGAUAUCUUUUCUGCCAAAAUUUAAAACAUGCACAAACUGUUGAUUAUAAGUGACGAUAUAAUAAUAUGACAUUACGUUUGUAUAUAAUAUAUUUGAAGAGCGAUAAAAUAAAAUUGUUGUUUUUUUUACAUAAU